UUUAAGACAAACAUUCUAGUUUGUCUACUCUUAGUAUCACGUCCGGAGUUGAAUGAAAUAGUUACUGCUGUGAAAAUCCACCGCGCAAUCAGGACUGAACUCAAUGAAAUCGUGAUUUUCAUUUAUUGGACGUGUUUUGUGUGCAUCUCAGCAUCUAGAAAUGGUUUAUAUUGUGAUUUUGAGUCGUCAUCCUGGGAAUCGGAUUCAAGCUGCGGACUGUAUCAGUCGUCCACGGAUAGACACUCAUGGACUCGGAAGUCGGGAUCCACACCCAGUUCAUCAACUGGUCCAACAUCUGCUGCAGAGGGAAGCUAUUAUCUUUAUAUUGAAACCUCUGAUUCUUCCGACAACUAUGCCAAUGCUGUUUUACUCUCACGGAAUAUAGAUACAGGUCCUGGUGCAUUUCUUAACUUUGAAUACCACAUGUAUGGUGCACAAAUAAACACCUUGAACAUAAAUGUUUCCACUCCUGUCAAUGGUAAUGAGAGGCUUUGGUCGAUGUCCGGGGACCAGGGAAAUCAGUGGCACCAAACUUCUGUUUCAUUGCCAUGGAGCUAUUCUUUAAAGAUAUUUAUUGAGGCAAUACAAGGGGGCUCUUUUGAAGGUGAUAUAGCCAUUGACAAUGUGAAUAUUACAACUGGAUCAUAUGAUGGUAUUCGCCAUUAUCCUAUCAAGGGGAACACUCUAACGGGAGACGAUGAGUCAACGUCCAUCACUUUUCUGCGUGGUAUACCGAUAGGAAAAGACACUUAUCAUAAAGUUUAUAUGAGCACAAACGGACUCGUGACAUUCAACAAGUCAGUGACGACAUAUCAGCCUGUACUCGACUCGUCCUAUCCGUUUUUGGCUCCCUACUGGGCUGACCUUUAUCCUACAGGGAAUGAAGAGGGCAGUGUGUACUACAAAGUCUACAAAAACACGUCAGAGCUGCGUAAAGCAUCUACCUAUGUACAAAAGUUUAGCAGAAUUACUUCCUUUAAAGCCCAAUGGAUGUUGGCGGUGACUUGGAAUAACACGAAGUUUCCCUCCGGUUCUGAUAGGAUUACUGUGCAGUGUGUCGUGAUUACAGAUUAUAUAUCUACACAUGUAAUCUUCGAUUAUGUCAACGUGAGCAUUAAGUAUCGGGGCAACAAUGUAGGAAUUGGAUUUAACAAUGGAACUCUUGUAAGAAACCCAUACUCCCUAACACCUGGUACACAUCAGAUGAGCACCCAUAUCGGGAAUACAGGAUUGGUUGGACUUUGGUUCUACACAGUGACCCAGGACGGAAAUGAUUGCGUUUCGGGACCUUGUGAACAUGGGAUUUGUGAGGAUUUGUACAGAGAUUUUCGUUGUCACUGCUCCAAUGCUUUUACAGGGAAACGAUGUCAAACAGAUAUUGAUGAGUGCGCUACUUCGACGCCAUGUCUUAAUGGUGGUACUUGCGUCAACAACCUUGGCUCUUUUACAUGCAGCUGUUUAUCAGGAUGGACGGGAUCGAUGUGUGAACAGGGUGUAAAUUACAGCGAUAUGAUGUGUAACAGGGAUGAAAUCUGCUGCAGGGUGUCACAGUGUCUUUCAAACAAUCAUACAUAUUUUCCAGAUAGGGCAAUCCUUACGAGGAAAGAAGAGGUCUCUGUAACAGAUGUUGUUGGGAUUGUCUUGGGCGUACUGCUAGCUGUCGUGUCUAUUAUUUCUGUGGCUCUGUGUGUCAUAGCUGCUUAUUUCAGAAGACAGCGAAAUCAAGAGCGACAUCGCCGCAUCCAGUCAACUUACGAAACAAUCACUGUAAUGAACACAGAGGAAGUAAACUCACCAAUUUAUACGAACACGUCAUUUAGGUCAAAUGCCCGCAAGUGAACACUUUAACUAAACUAACAUUCGAAACAAUAUGCUACAAGUAUUAUGCCUCUGUAAGGAUUCUGUAUAGGAGAUACGGCAAGUUAUAAAACAGGUUUUUUCAUACCUUAUACAUUAAUUACAUGUAUACAGUAAUUUGGUGCUAAGAACACUCCUUCAACCUUAUGCGUCUUUGUUACAACUGCUACAGACAGUGAAUGUGAGAAAAUACUAUAUUUAGCUAAUCAAAAACAAGUUAUGCAACACAACCCUCUCACCUUUUCACAUGUUUAAUGUUAAAAGUUACUAAGUGUCUUAUACUUCGUACUAUUCCAUCACUGCUGUACGAAUAUUUGUUUAGCAGUGGAUGGGGCAGAUCAAAACCUUUAAAUCCUGGCAGUUUUCGGUGUUGAUCUGUGGCGGUUGUUGCCCCAUAUAUGUAUGAUUUUUUGUUUAUUUUAGACUUAUGUAACUUUUGCAUAAUAUUCUAACUUUUAGAUUCCAUGAUACUUUUUCUUAUAUGUUUUUGUAUAUAUUGUUAGUUACUUACAUGUAUCUGUUUUACAUAGUAGUUGAUGUUUUUACUUGAUUCUUCAUUUUUUAUUGGUAAUAAAUGACCAUUCAAUUCCAA